UCUUGUAUCAGUUGUCUUUGAACAUUUGAACUAGAAAGGGCUUAGUUCGUAAACAAGAAAGCGCGUCGAAAUUAUGAGCAAAACAGAACCAUUUCUUGAAGAACACUCUCCGGAGUGUACAUGCUUUUUGUAUGAUGACAAACCGCUCACGAUGAAGGAACUGAAUGUGGCUAAGAUUUACGAUUUCGAUUUCAAAUACGGCCAAAAGUCUGCUUGGGAUUUCAACGACGAUCUUGUAGCCAUCGAUAUAAGCAUGAUGUACAGCCCUAAGGCAAACCGAAAUCGAAAAAUAAAGCGAAGAAAGUACCCCAAGUUUAGAUUUGCUCCUAGUCUGGGGGACAUUAAGGAGAACGAACUGUUUGUCUCACAGCUGGAAAAUGUAAACAAACCCAAGACAGAUUUGGCUGCCAUUCAUGAAGAGCGAGCUCUGAAUUGUGGGAUACCUGUUGUGAAGGAUGAAGGUCGGCAUCACCGUCACAAACGACAUUCAAGAAGUUUUAAUGGAAGAGCUUGAUUAAUUGGACAAGAAGAUGUCGUUGUUUGAUAAGGUUUGCGAAUUUCAAAGGUCGACUGGACACUUUCUCACAGCCGCUGUACAUACGUCAACAGGAGAGAGAGAGAAAAUAUAGACCAUUGCUAUUUGCUGACUGCCACGAGUAUAGCGAAUCCUUUGUUAUAUAACUUUGAUUUUAUAAGGUUUUGCGAGGGAAAUAGAAAGAGAAAUAGCCGAGACAAACCGGAAUUUAGAUUUUGCGAACUUUGUUAGCAGGUUGUUAAGCUGCAAUUUAUGUGUGACCAAUAUCAAGCAAAAUCUCAGCUGAAACUAACACGAGAGAAAAGCAUCUGAAUAUUGUCUGUUACUACAAAGCGGAAAAUUGGCUAAACGCUAUACAAUCUGAACAGCUCGGUGUUCUUGUCCAUAUUGAGACUUGAUUCCAUUGUAUAAAGAAACAAUGUAUAUAGAUUAAUAAGAGUUCAUUACCCAUCCCAUCUAAUUUGUAGCUGUUCUAGUUUGUUUGGUAAUAAAGGAGGCGAGAAAUUUUUCUCUGGAA